AUGGUUGCCGUUACGAUUGCACUCGCAUCUCUCACUGGGCCCAUAUUUGGUGGAGUCCUGGCCCAAAACUCAGCGUGGAGAUGGACCUUUUAUAUCAACCUUCCACCUGGAGCUUUGGCAGUGCUGAUGUUAUUGAUUGCCUUGCCACCUUCCUUUGGAACCGUCGCACCCCAACCAUUAUCUUCCAUGCUUCCGAGUCUUACUUUAUUCAAAAAGCUUGAUGCACUAGGCGGUUUCUUACUUCUGAGUGCAUCUCUACUACUGGUGACUGUACUGAAUGAGACGAACAUAGAAUUUGAUUGGUCUUCUGGGACAGCAAUUGGACUCCUCGCUCUUUCCGGCACCCUAUGGAUUGCAUUCUUUGGAUGGGAGUGGUAUAUACCAGAUUAUAUGCCAGACAUCGAACCAAUGUUCCCAAAGCGAUUUGUCUACAACAAAGCAUGGAUGGCAAUGUUAUUGACCAACUUUCUAUGUGGCUGUCCUUGGAAUGUGGUAAUCAUCUAUCUGGCUCAACGAUUUCAGGUUCUCACCAAGUCUUCGCCACUUGAUGCUGGCAUUCACAUCAUACCAUACUCUGCCGUUGCAACCGUUGCAACUAUGCUGGCUUGUCUCGCAAGCCGCAAGUUCCGUAUCCCUGUGGUCUACUUUGCACUUUUUGGAUCAAUUCUUCAUACUGUUGGAAUGGCACUUUUGUCAAUACUUCCUGAGACUGAAUCCUACCCAAGUGAGGGGUAUGGAUACGAGGCAAUUGCUGGUGCAGGUGCAGGUAUCACAAUUGGCAUUUUGACUUUGGCCGUGCCAUUCAUCGUUGAGACAAGGGAUCUAGCCACAGCCACCGGUUCCCUCAAUCAGGCUCGAUUUUUGGGCGGGGCUGUUGGAUUGGCUAUAGCGUCGAACAUCCUUUACGGAAAGCUCAAAAGCCAGUUGUCGGAUGAAUUAUCCCCCGAACAGGUCAAUCAAGUGCUCCAGAGAGCCGGUGAUAUGGGAAGCUUACCUCAAAAUGUGCAAAAAGCAGCAAUCGGUGUCUUUGCUGCAAGCUAUAAAGCUCAAUUCCAGGCUAUGAUUGCCUUUGCUGCAGCGCAGAUCCCUACAUCAUUUUUGAUCUUCAAGCGUGGGGGUCAAUAUGUUGCUUCUUGA